UCGGCGGCGGCGGCGGCGGAGAGCGCAGCGCGCAGCCCGGUGCAGCCCUGGCUUUCCCCUCGCCGCGCGCCCGCGCCCCCUUCCGCGUCCGCAACCAGAAGCCCAGCGCGGCGCCCGGAGCCGGACCCGCGCCCGCGCCGCUCCCGGGACCGCGACCCCGGCCGCCCCGCGAUGACCGCGACCGCAGCCCUCCUGCCCGUCCUCUUGCUCCUGCUGGCCUUCGGCCACAGUGUCCAUGGAGCUGAAUGCUUCCCGGCCUGCCACCCCCAAAAUGGAUUCUGCGAGGAUGACAAUGUUUGCAGGUGCCAGCCUGGUUGGCAGGGUCCCCUGUGUGACCAGUGCGUGACCUUUCCCGGCUGUGUUAACGGACUGUGCGUGGAACCCUGGCAGUGCAUUUGUGACGACGGCUGGGAUGGGAACCUCUGCGACAUAGAUGUGCGGGCUUGUGCCUCGACCCCCUGCGCCAACAAUGGAACCUGUGCGAACCUCGAUUCCGGCCAGUACGAGUGCUCCUGCGCCCCUGGAUUCUCGGGAAAGGACUGUCAGAAGAAGGACGGGCCCUGUGUGAUCAAUGGCUCCCCCUGUCAGCACGGAGGCACCUGUGUGGAUGACGAGGGCCGGGCCUCCCAUGCCUCCUGCCUGUGCCCCCCUGGCUUCUCCGGCAAUUUCUGCGAGAUCGUGGCCAACAGCUGCACCCCCAACCCGUGCGAGAACCAGGGCAUCUGCACCGACAUCGGGGGCGACUUCCGCUGCCGAUGCCCCGCCGGCUUCGUGGACAAGACCUGCAGCCGUCCCGUGGGGAACUGCGCCUCCGACCCGUGCCUCAACGGGGGCACCUGCUUGCAACACACCCAGGUGAGGUACGAGUGUGUGUGCAAGCCCGAGUUCACGGGCCCCCUCUGUGGCCGGAAGCGCGCCCCGAGCCCCCAGCAGGUCACCCGUCUGCCCAGCGGGUAUGGGCUCACCUACCGCCUGACCCCCGGGGUGCACGAGCUGCCGGUGCCCCAGCCCGAGCACCGCAUCCUCAAGGUGUCCAUGAAGGAGCUCAACAAGAACACCCCCCUCCUCUCCGAGGGCCAGGCCAUCUGCUUCACCAUCCUGGGCGUGCUGACCAGUCUGGUGGUGCUGGGCACCGUGGGCAUCGUCUUCCUCAACAAGUGUGAGGCCUGGGUGUCCAACCUGCGCUACAGCCGGAGGCUGCGGCAGAAGAAGAACCUGCUGCUUCGUUACAACAGCGGCGAGGACCUCGCGGUCAACAUCAUCUUCCCCGAGAAGAUCGACAUGGCCACCUUCACCAAGGAGGCCGGCGAAGACGACAUCUAAGCAGCGUUCCCACCGGCCCCUCUCUGUUCUCGGGGUCCCGCAGAGCUCACUCUAUGCGGUCUGUUCUCCUCUUUGUGGUGGAAUUUGCUCUAUUUUGUGUCGAAUCUGGUGAACGCUACGCUUGCCUGUCUUACCUUUGUGUUGCUCUGUGACAAAUGCCGCGCGCCCAGAGCGUCCUCUUUCUCUCUCUUAAUGCAUGAUCAAAAAACAAUAAUAAGAAUUUCAUCUUUAAACGAGUAAAAGAUAUAAGUAUGUUAUUCUAA